AUGAGGAACGUCUCUGAGGCCACUGAGCGUAUGCUAAGACCACUUAACGUGGGCGUUGGACACCGACCGGAAGCCACCAUUCGCCGAUUAGUCAUGCAGCCAAAGGGCAGGCUGCCCCCUGAGGACAUGUCAGGUGUCAUUUACCGCGUCAACUGCCUAGACUGUCCGGCCAACUACUGCGGCAUGACAAAAAAACGACUUAAAACGCGCAUCAAUGAGCACAUUUUAGCCGUCAAGCGGAAAGAUGCACGCUCACACAUCGCCAUGCACAGUCUGGAAAAUGACCAUUGCUUUGACUUUGACGGCGCCCAAGUGCUCGGCAGAGCGGAAAACAGACUGGCGCGAAAAAUAAUCGAGGCCUGGAAAACAGACGCCGACGACAUCAACCGCAGCGUCGACCUACCGGCACCCUACGAGGCCGCUAAACACCACUUACGCACCAGGUGAGGCCCAACGAGGAUAGUAAUUGAUGGCCCUAUUAGGGGCGAGCGAAAGGGACUUAUUUAAACCGUGCAGUUUCUCAUAUUUCCUAUCUCAGAUGAUGCGCUCGUGUAUGAAUGUGAAAGGUCAGAUGAAUAAAUCAUCAUCCACAGUAGUUGAUUGUCUUCGACUCAAAUGUUCAUUGGAAUUUCGGUUCUGACCCUAAAAAGUCAUGUCCCGGAGAUUUAACUCCAAGUUCUGCACUGAUUAAUUUCUGAAAUUAUUCACCUGAUUAUUCUCUGGAGUUCAUAUACCGGAAACCGCUAGAGAACGCUGGGGGUCCCACUGAAGAGCCGAACCCCUCGCAGCUGUAUCACGCAGCGGCAGAAUAUCGGCGAAACACGUGUCUGGGCUUUUAGCAAGUAUCUAGGUCGGGAGUACGGUAUAAUACCAAUAUAUAUAUAUAUAUAUAUAUAUAUUAAUCAGGAAUGGACGCACACCGAUCUAUUGGCUUCACGAAGCAAACAAGCUCCGUAUGCGUGGCAAGGGUCACGAACGGCAACAUGAAUACCCAAGCGGUUGAACUGCCGGGCGAUUAUUUCAGAAGUUCCACGCAUGUAUGGCAAGGAGUAGAACUUUCGUGUCACGAUCUCUCCGUUGGGGUUGGGGUCUUGCGACUGUGUCUGGUGCCUGAGGCAGUUCUUUACAAAACUGAGUGGAUAUCCGUUAGAGGGGAAUAACCGAUACAGGUGAGCAAGCUCUUUGUUCAGGAGAUCGUUGCUGUUACAAUAACGGUAGGUCCGGUGGGACAGGGUUCGGAGGCAGAUUCUUUUGUGAGCUGCAGGGUGGUUGCUUCCAUAGUUGAGGAUAAUCUCAGAAUUAGAGUCUUUCCUGUGGACGCUUGUUGCCAGGCUACCAUCGCUCAACUUCUGUAUCCUCACGUCCAGAAACGGCAAGCUGUCUCCAGUUGCCUCUUCGCGGGUAAACUGUAUGGCUGGGAAGACGUCAUUCAGUCUCUGGUGAAGCCGUUCGACUUCGCACUUCUUUAUUAUGACACAGCUGUCAUCAACGUAACGAAGCCAUAGUUUAGGCUUGAUAGUUUGGAAAACUAUCUCUUCUACUCGCUGCAAAACUAGCUCGGCGAGCAGUCCUGAUAUAGGUGAGCCCAUCGGCGUUCCCUUUACCUGUUGCUAGUACUUAUUAUCGAAUUGACAAUAGUUCCCAAGGCAAAGAUUUAGCAGUUCAAUAACAUGCUGCGUUGGGAUCUCAAUAGGAUUGUUCUGUAGGCGUUGGGUUAAGCAGUCAAUCGCCAAAUCGUGUUGUAUGGAAGAAAACAAGGCAACUACGUCAAAGGACAGGAAGCGUUCAUCGGUACUUACUUUGAGGCCUUUUACCUUGCGGAGGAACGCUCGAGAGUUGUUAAUGCUGUAGUCCGAUCCAUGAGUGAGCCGAUUCAGACGACCGUAUAACCAAUUAGCCAUAUUGUAAGUGGGUGAUCCGAUGAGUGGCACUAUAAUCCUCAGAGGGACAUCCACUUUGUGCACUUUUGGGAGGCCAUACGCGUGUGCGAUGUGGGGAUCACUGAGGGUCAUCAACUUGAAAUAAUCUAGACUAAUAACUUUCAAACGAACGAGCUCAUUAACCUUCUUUCUGAUGGCUGCGGCUUGCUUUUUAGUCGGAUCUUCAACAAGAAGGGUAUAGGCCUCCAUGUCACUGAAGAUUUCAUUCGCCUUGUUAACGUAUUCAAUUGUGUCCAUGAUGACAGUAGCGCCACCCUUGUCAGCGGGAACAACGACAAUGCUGUGAUCCGACUUCAAUGAUCGUAAUGCCUGCGCUUCUUCGGCUGGUAGAUUUUGUUGGUAUCUUUUUUGCCGGAGAAUACCGGUGGCGCAGCUUCGUAUGUUCGCACGCAUGUCUUCCGGAAUGUUGGAGGCCAGUAGAAUGGACUCAAGCCCAGCUAGGAAGUCGGUAGGUGCGGCAUCCACAUGAUUAAAUCCUAUUCCCUUUUAUAGGAGGGUGAUUACUGCAGGUGAGGUUGACAAGUCUCGUGGUCAAAUUUCCUUGGUUCGUAAGACAGAGAAGUGAUUGCAGUUUCUCCUGGAGAUCAAGUCUCUUCUUCAAUCUGGCAUCCUUGGUUGUCCUGUCUCAUCUAUGUCUACUACUAGUCGCUUUGAGACUGCCUGCGAGGGUUCUAGUAUGAGUCCCAAGGCACAACGGAACGAGCAUGUUCGGUAACCUGAUCGGCGAGCGCCCACUGUCAUAAUUACUAUUCCCAAUCCCAACCGACAGGACAGCGGGCCCGUGGCUCAAUGGUAGAGCGUCAAACUCCAUGACCAAAGAUCCCGGGUUCGAAUCUCAAGUGGUCCACACUUGGGGUUGGGUAUGACUGGCUGAUGGCGGCUAAUAAGCCAGAAAUGGCCAUUCCGGUCCUCCUUGUCUUUGUCGGUUCCCUCUCAUAUAUAUAUAUAUGUUGUAGAGUAGAAGUGGUAGGCAUUCCGAGACGAUAUAAUGAAAAAGGAAGAGGUUCUUCGGAAAAAAUCGAGUUUUACUCGUGAAUUUUCGAAUUGGUAACACCAACCCGUCGUCAGACGAAAUGAAGAGAAAAGUGGGAGUGAGACAGUCGCGCUAGACUAAUAGACGAGACAGGACAAACUUUGGCGGACGAACUAUUAGCGUGUGAGGAGGGAUGCGGGUAGGGAGUCAUGCUGGGUCCUGAGCCGGGAGGGUAGGAAGGGGGAGGGGGAACCGUUACGGCUGCCGUGUUGGAGGGGAGGGAGAAUGGUAGGUUGGCAGAACUGCGGGCGCCUGGAUUAGCGGCUGCUGAUGCGGCGUGGGGCUCGGCUUAGUGAGGCGUGAUCUUAGGCCCUCAUAAUGGACGUCUAGGUCAACAUGGCGGUUGAUGCUAUCCGCGUUAGAGUGCCAUGCCUCUAGGAAUUCUCUCGCCCGUUUUGUGUUGGCCGUGGCGAUGACCUCGGUGUUAUCCCAAUUAAAACGGUGGUCGCACUGGAGUGCGUGCGCAAAGACGAGGGACAGUGGAUCACGGCGACGGACAGCUAGUUUGUGUUCAUUAAUACGAGUUCCCAGGCGUCGUCCUGUAUGACCAACAUAUACGCAGGGACAAUUGCCACACGGGAUGCGAUAAAUGACGUUAGUCUGUUCCUCUUUGGGGAUAGAAUCCUUUACUCGAGUUAAGAUUGUGCGCAGCGAGGAUGCAGGUUUGUGGGAAACGCGAAUACCGAACUGACUUAACUGACGGGCGAUCAUUUCUGAGGUCCCCUGCAUAUAGGGCAGGGAGAAGAAUUUCCGCGUCACGGUUUCUCCAUCUGAGGAGGGGUCUCGAGGUUGUGCCUGACGUCUGAGGCAGUUCUUCACGAAACUGACUGGGUAUCCGUUAGAUCGAAAUAGCCGAUAUAGAAAGCCUAGUUCUUUCUUCAGCAGAUCUUCAUUGCUGCAAUACCGGUAGGCCCGGUGGAAGAGGGUUUGGACGCAGCUUCUUUUGUGAGCCGCAGGGUGAUUGCUUCCAUAAUUGAGGAUGAUCUCAGAAUCAGACCCUUUUCUAUGGACGCUGGUUGCGAGGUUACCGUCAUCCAGCCUUUGUAUUUUCACGUCCAGAAACGACAGAGUGUCUCCUACUGCCUCUUCGCGGGUAAAUUGUAUGGCCGGAAAGACUUCAUUCAGCCUCUGAUGUAGCCCUAUAUGCAGGGGACCUCAGAAAUGAUCGCCCGUCAGUUAAGUCAGUUCGGUAUUCGCGUUUCCCACAAACCUGCAUCCUCGCUGCGCACAAUCUUAACUCGAGUAAAGGAUUCUAUCCCCAAAGAGGAACAGACUAACGUCAUUUAUCGCAUCCCGUGUGGCAAUUGUCCCUGCGUAUAUGUUGGUCAUACAGGACGACGCCUGGGAACUCGUAUUAAUGAACACAAACUAGCUGUCCGUCGCCGUGAUCCACUGUCCCUCGUCUUUGCGCACGCACUCCAGUGCGACCACCGUUUUAAUUGGGAUAACACCGAGGUCAUCGCCACGGCCAACACAAAACGGGCGAGAGAAUUCCUAGAGGCAUGGCACUCUAACGCGGAUAGCAUCAACCGCCAUGUUGACCUAGACGUCCAUUAUGAGGGCCUAAGAUCACGCCUCACUAAGCCGAGCCCCACGCCGCAUCAGCAGCCGCUAAUCCAGGCGCCCGCAGUUCUGCCAACCUACCAUUCUCCCUCCCCUCCAACACGGCAGCCGUAACGGUUCCCCCUCCCCCUUCCUACCCUCCCGGCUCAGGACCCAGCAUGACUCCCUACCCGCAUCCCUCCUCACACGCUAAUAGUUCGUCCGCCAAAGUUUGUCCUGUCUCGUCUAUUAGUCUAGCGCGACUGUCUCACUCCCACUUUUCUCUUCAUUUCGUCUGACGACGGGUUGGUGUUACCAAUUCGAAAAUUCACGAGUAAAACUCGAUUUUUUCCGAAGAACCUCUUCCUUUUUCAUAUAUAUAUAUAUAUAUAUAUAUAUAUAUAUAUAUAUAUUCUAGUGAAUAAUUUCAGAAAUUACUCAGAGCAGGACUUGGAGUUAAAUCUCCGAGGCAUGACUUUUUAGGGUCAUAACCGAACUUUCAAUGAACAUUCGAGUCGCAGACAAUCAGCUACUGUGGAAUAACCACGUAAUGCCCAUUCUACAAACAGGUAGUACUACGAGUAGUAUGAAUUCCAUAUGCUAAAUGUAUUAUACCGUACUCCCGACCUAGAUACUUGCUAAAAGCCCAGACACGUGUUUCGCCGAUAUUCUGCCGCUGCGUGACACAGCUGCGAGGGGUUCGGCUAUUCAGCGGGACCCCCAGCGUUCUCUAGCGGUUUCUGGUGUAUCUGAGUGAAUCAUACGGAUGCCGCACCUACCGACUUCCUAGCUGGGCUUGAGUCCAUUCUACUGGCCUCCAACAUUCCGGAAGACAUGCGUGCGAACAUACGAAGCUGCGCCACCGGUAUUCUCCGGCAAAAAAGAUACCAACAAAAUCUACCAGCCGAAGAAGCGCAGGCAUUACGAUCAUUGAAGUCGGAUCACAGCAUUGUCGUUGUUCCCGCUGACAAGGGUGGCGCUACUGUCAUCAUGGACACAAUUGAAUACGUUAACAAGGCGAAUGAAAUCUUCAGUGACAUGGAGGCCUAUACCCUUCUUGUUGAAGAUCCGACUAAAAAGCAAGCCGCAGCCAUCAGAAAGAAGGUUAAUGAGCUCGUUCGUUUGAAAGUUAUUAGUCUAGAUUAUUUCAAGUUGAUGACCCUCAGUGAUCCCCACAUCGCACACGCGUAUGGCCUCCCAAAAGUGCACAAAGUGGAUGUCCCUCUGAGGAUUAUAGUGCCACUCAUCGGAUCACCCACUUACAGAAUGGUAUUACCGACAAAGACAAGAGAGACUGGAAUGGCCACUUCCGGCUCACCAGCCGUCGUCAGUCAGUCAUACCCAAUCCCGAAGUGUGGAGCACCUGGGGUACAUAGCGUCCAGAUCGAUGCGCCGGUUGAUGCAUGAAUUAUCAGAAUGAAUGGCCUCCAGAAAUUCUCGGCCUUGCUUAUAUGGACAGAGAACGACAAUGCACGUUUUAUCCCAAGAAAAUUUGUGCCCACUUUCUAGACUAUGCAUGGCGACGUGGGAUAAGUGGUGCCGCCUCUUUACUGCUAACUGGUAUUCAUGUAGACCUGUUGCAGCAGAUUUUCCCGUUUGAAAACAGUAUACUGCAUUACAGGUACCACAUGGAAUCUUAUAGAUGACUUCUUUUUUAUCCAAAUAGCCAACCCUAUCCUUAGGGUGUAGAAGCUGAGUGCGUAGUCGCUGACUGGUCGAUCGAUCGAUCAGUUUCUGCGCGUCUCAGACCAACGCUGGUUGAAUGCUCCAGCCAGCGUUUCCUACCGGCCGCUCGCGCGCCCUAACUGCUGACCAGCAAAUUAUGCCGUUCUCAGUUUUGACUUAAGAAUACAAGAUUAAAAUGACUGGCAAGAAUUCAAGCACAGACAGGAAUUUCAUUUUUACCUGAAAAUAAAGGCACACCGGAUAAUUUGCCACAUUCGAGGGUAGGUGCAGCAGUUGACGGAUGAGACGAAUUUUAACCACGCAGAUUUCCCCGUCGCACUCUUGGUUUGAGAUGCCGGGGUCUGUCAGACGAAAGGAUGAGUGAAGUCCUAACGGUGACUUCCAGCUGUCCUUUAUUUGUCGCCAUCUGACGUAAAAUUGAAAAUCAGUCUCACCCAAACCGACGCUAAUAUUUUGGCACCUGGAAAGAGGAGACCGGAGAGUAGAAACGGUGACAGUCCCGCGAUGAAGUCUUGUAGCAGACACUUUAAAAGGACGUCUGUGCGUCUGUAAAACGCGUUUAGUGAAGACCUAUAACUUACGUCUGCGGGAUUUUCCUUGCCGGUCGUGGACAGUCCGCGUAAUCAACGACAGUACACACUUGAGCAAAAAGAUGUCCUUCGGGGAGGGUGAAUUUUAAGUUCCUUUUCGAAGUGAAAAUCAGACCUGCUGGUAGGAAGAGGGAAGAAGUGAAAAUGUUAUAAACGCGUUGACGAGUUAGAGCCGUUGGUUGUUAUCAAGGAGCCAAUGCUCUGAAGGCGUCGAAUAUCAUGAAGAGCUAACUUUAACGCUUAACUAUACAUUCAGAUAGUGGGACUUGCUUGACUGGCAUUUCGGUGCUUUGAGGAAAUGAACAAACUCUUAAGUUAUUUUAUACACGGUCGUCUACUGUGAUUCACACGGGAAAGCUAACUGCUUGCGGAAUGUACCAUUAUUUCUAUAGGUGAAGAAGAAUAUGAAGGUGAUGAAGGUGAUGAUGAUGAUGAUGAUGAUGAUGAUGAUGGUGGUGGUGGUGGUGGUGGUGGUGGUGGUGGUGGUGGUGGUGGUGGUGGUGGUGGUGGUGGCGAUGGCGGCGGCCAUCCCAGCCCCACUUGUCCUUGUCGACACCCCUACCUGCGUGUUUGA